AUGGCAGGCCUAAUGCUACACACUGUCCAGUCCUGGGCUUGGACUGUGGCACCUGCUAUACUGGUCGUGUAUCUCAUCCUCAGAAUGGCAUUUGUCCCCAGCGGCGACACCAGAGAGGCGAUUGUUGAAGGUUACAGAAAGUAUCCGGGCUCACCUUUCCUGCUCGCAAUCAACCCCCCUCGAGUCGUCCUACCCAUGUCUAUGUUUAAGGAGGUAAUCGAGCUUCCAGAGGAGGACAUGAGCUUCAGAGAGCUUGUCCAUUUCAUGUUUGACGGCAAGCAUACUCACCUCGGCGAGAACGUCGACGAGCUCGUCUCUGCCAUCCGCAUAGAUCUGACCAAGAGCAUCGGAGGUCUCAUGCCCAUUCUCCAGGAAGAAGCUAGAAUCGCCUUUGCUACCGUUAUGAAAGACGUCAAGGAGAGCUGGACAGCGGUUCCCGCGCAGCCCUACGCUCUCCAGAUUGUCAGUCGACUCUCAGGCAGGAUUUUUGUUGGCCCAGAGCUGUGCCGGCAGCCAGAAUACCUCCGGACAUCCACAAUGUUCACGGCUGAUGCGGCUAUGGUGCGCAACGACUUGCAACAGUAUAACCGAAUUUUGCGGCCUUGGGUCGCUCCUUUUCUGUCCUCGCUGAAGAGAGUCCAGAUUCAUCUCCAGGAUGCCAAGAGCUGGAUGGACCCUGUCAUCAGGGACAUAUUGUCAGUCACCAGCGAGAAACCAAAGAUAGUGGCUGCAGGUAGCCGCGGCGCAUGGAUAUCGUGGCUCUUGAAAUAUCUGCCGGACCAUGAGAAGAGGUCCACGAAAUUAGGCCUCAUGCAAAUGCAGGUUUCGUUUGCAUCGCUUCAUACGACCACCAGUGCAACGACAAACGCUUUGCUAGACCUAGCGACCUAUCCUGAGUACGUAGACGGGUUGCGAGAAGAGAUUGAGGCAGCAAUUGCGAAUGAUGGAGAGUCGAUAGAUGAAAAUGGUCAGCUUUAUUUGACAAUGGCGGCAGUUUCAAAGAUGAAGAAGCUCGACAGCUUUCUAAAGGAGAGCCAACGACUUACUCCCUUGGCUUUUGACGGUCUCUCUCGAAGACUACACAAGAAUAUCACCUUCUCGAAUGGCCUUCAAUCAGAAAAGAACCCAAUCGGCGGCACGCAGGCCAUGGCCGAAACAGGUAGUACUCCCCUCAACGUCUUCGACGGCUAUCGAUUUUCUCGUAUGCGUGAAAUGCCCGGAAACGAGGCAAAGUACCAGGCUACAUCCACUGGCCCAGGACAAUUCACCUUUGGUCACGGUUCGAACGCAUGUCCUGGCCGAUUCUCCGCCCUGUAUAUCAUGAAGAUUGUCAUGAUCUUUGUUCUGCGUAAUUACGAUAUUCAGCUUCCCCCGGAGAUCCAGGCAGCAGGGCGACCCAAGGGCAGAACCGCUGGGGUUUCCAAUUUAGUGGACAGCACAGUGAAGAUUGAGCUUCGUCAAAGGGCUCCAUCGAAGUCAAGACAGUAG